AUGGCCACUGUAAUUGCUGCCAGUCUCCCAACCGAGACGGUUAUGUUGAGCGGAGUAAACGAUAUCCCAUCGCGACAACUUCGUAUCUCAACGCAACAAGACGAGACCAUGACCCAAUCAGCUUUUCCCGGUUCCCAAACUUCUUCGCAUACCAACCUACCACCGCCGAACCCGCCCUUCGUUUUUCCAGCUCGCGUGUCACCGUCAUCUGCGCCUUCGUCCUUCUCUCGAGCCACGGGACGUCGACCUCAGUCUGCGAUAGAAUUUCAGGGUCGGUCUUUUGGUUUCGCUGGCGGAAUGCCAGAUUCACCCUCGAGGUCGCCGGCUUUGCCAGAUUUUAGUUUCAAGCCGGGUGCCCCUCCCAGUCCGACCAGCAGUCGACCACCUCGAUCUCCCGGUCUACCUGAUUUUUCGUUUAACCCAGGUGCAGCUCUCGGGCCUGAUGAAUCUCACCUCAGUCCUUCCCUCGCUCCCCCGUCGCCAAGGAUACAUCCGAACCGCAAUGGCCAUCGAAGAGGUGGAAGCGAGUUCGUAGGCGGUAAACUCACAGGGGGAGGGUCUAUUACUGUGAUGAGUACUAGUCCAACCAGAUCCGAGGGGGGCAUUGGAUCCCCAAAGCUAUCGCCCGCAGAUGGUCCGCCAAGAAGAGGACACGCACACCGUCGCUCUGCUGCAAUCUCUAGCCACGAUCUGACCAUGAUACUCAAACCGAAUAACGCGGCUCCGAGAGGAAGUAGUGCGCCUACUAGUCCAGCUGAGUUCGACGAGAAAUUUCGCAGUUUGCCUGAACCAAAAACCGAACACCCCAAAGCUGAGAGCGUUCACCAAGAGGCAAACAACGAGAUAGUGCAGGAAGCAUCUGUUCAAAGUACGCUACAGGCUCCUCCAUCACCAAGCCCUAAUCCACGCACGCGGGUUGGGUUUUCUGAUACACUUGAAUUCAUUCCCCGUCCUUUAUCGAUGGUAUCAACUGAUACGUCAAGCACGGUGACAGUUCGUCCUGGCCAUCGAGUUUCGGGGAGCGUCUCCUCUGUUGUCUCGACUAACGUAGCAUCUGCGGACCGUGAUGCUUGCAGUGUACUUGGGUCGCCUGGUUCCCGCGCGAAAGCUGAUUCCCGCCCUAGCACCGCAGGUGCCGUACUAGAGCGGUCCCCAAGUCUCAUUGUGCUCAAUGGGGACUCCAUAUCACGUAGGCGGAAUUCCAUUCCAUUGCUAACGGAUCUCCCUAAGCGCAGCUCUGGAUCGCCCACGAACACGAGUCCCUCGAAAACCCCUAGGAGAUGGUCUUUUUUCGGACUCGAACCCUUCGCGGGAACCAACUCACCGACGAAAUCAAUAUCACUUGGCUCCGGUUCAUCUAAAUAUGCGGAGAAGCGGUCUGGGUUCGCUAACUUAUCGGCGGAGCUUGAUUACAUCCCAACGUCGGACAGUCUAUCCCGUUCGGAAAGCAAGAAAGGCUCGGUGAGGAAGAAGAAGCAGAAAAGGGUGAGGACAUGGGCUGGUUCCAUCCUAACGAGGAAACCGAAACCUCGCAAAUCAAAAUCUGUGCGCCGUCGCUCGCAAACGCCGCCAGUAUAUCAAGAGCAGGUAAUCGAAGAUUUCGGCGACUAUCUCAUGGACGUACCUGAGGCACCUCCUGCACCUAUCGCGCCGGUGGUCCUGGUCACUGAACCUGAACCCGACCCAAAUAUGGAGCCUAGUCGAAGGUCAGAGGAUGAUAUAUCUUAUCCUAUGAUUGAUCUUGACGCAGCUCUUGGCCCAUUCAAUACACCUUCCUCGCGUGAUCCCCAAUGGGACGAGGCGCAAAAAAUAGGCGCUCCACCUAAACGCCAGUUACACAGUGCUGCUGGCUUGAGAGGCUUCAGCGGUCCAGGAAUGCACUAUCACCGCCGUGCCGAGAGUGCGCCCGAGAUGCCACCCUUUGAAGCUGCACGAUUCGGCAUCCACCGCUUCGGCAGUUCUUCAACUAUGGCAGAUGUAUUUGAAGAGGACGAAGAGGAAGAAGAGAUCACGAGCGCAAACACUCCGUCAGAAGAAUCCUCUACAGAAGCCCAAGAUGCUUCGGCCGAUGAAAGCGAGUCAGCAUCAAGCACCGAAGAGGAAGCCGUUUCGACACCGACGCAAGUACGUGAGCAUGGCAAAGUUAGUCCAAAGGACAUCCUGUCUAUGUCUCCCCUAGUGACACGCCAGGGUAGUGGGUCAAGCUUGGACAUGUCACGACCGGUAUCUAGGCCAUGGACUGAUAGUUGGGCUGGUGGUCUUCGAGAAGAGAUCAUUCUGGAAGAGCCCAACUACAGCACGCCUAGGCGUGCUACUACUUUUAUGAUGGGUGCCCCAGGAACCCCCGAUUCAGAAGCACCAUCUCCCCGCCAGAUCUUGAACACCGACAUCGAUCCGAUGGAUGUGAGUAAUGGGGCGUUCCCCUUGCCAGCCACCCCAUAUUCACUAAGUUAUUCGUCGUCAUUCCCGUCGCCUCGUUCGCCAAUGUCAUAUGAUGCCCAGCGAAUCUCGACCGCUCCAUCUUCAAUCGCUGAUGAAAAUAACUACUACUCACUAUUGAUGGGCGAACCUGGGCCAGAGUUGGUUCGAAUAUCUGUUGAUGUCCCGUCUCUGACGAGUAGUAAUUCGACCACGACGCGGGAUAGCACAUUUGCACCAGGUGUCCAACCCAGGAACAUGCCCUUCCAUGACCAGCGACCUGCUUCGUUUAGCGCUGCAGCAUUUGGCCGCCGUAGGUCCAGUUUGGUCAGUCUCAGUAGGCUAAUUAGUAGCGCCCACGGAGAGCGAAGCAAACUAAGCAUGGAGGUCCCUCUUGAUUCGGACCCGGAGGACAAGCCCAAGAUGAGCAAAUCGAAACGUUUCAGUCGCAUGCUGCAAUUCUUGAAGCCGAAGGGAUCGGCCAAGCCUUAA